AUGGCGUCGCCAGCGAUGCUGCCGUCGUUACCAGACGACUUGAUCUCCGAAAUACUCUCAUGGGUGCCGGUGAAGCCCGCGUGCAGGUUCUGCUGCGUGUCCAGGGGGUGGCACGCCCUCAUCUCCGGGCCGGCGUUCCUCGCCACGCAUAGGUCCCGCACCGACCCGCAGCUUCUCCUCCUCGCCGCCAGCUACCACAAAAAGGAAGACCGCAGGAUAAGUGGCGACCUACAGUUGGUGGACGUGAAUGGUGAAGUCGUGCGAGUGAACAAGAGCGUAGGCGCCUUUUGGACCAUCUGCUAUGGUUGUGACGACGCCCUAGUCUGUGUCACCUUCGAUUUCCUCGAGGCCUCGGACUUUUUUGUGGCCAAAGUGAUCAAUCCGGCGACCGGAAGUGUGCUCAUGACAGCCACGGAGUUGGAUGAUGGAGCAUCCUCUGACGUCUAUGUCGGGGCCUUCAAGGUCGGUUGUGCGGCCCCGUCUGGCGCAUACAAGAUGGUACGCCUCAUGGGCAACAAUCCUCACCAGCCUUGGAAAGUUCUCACCUUGGGAGAUGGUGCCAAGUGGAGGCAGGUGGGGUUUCCCGCAGCCACGCAGUCUACCAUAUAUGACCGGGGAUCUGUGGUCACAAUCACCGGUGUCAUGCACUUUCUUUACGCAUCGGUAACAUCGUGCGAGGACUAUAUAUUCUUCCUUGAUCUCGAGAGUGAGAAAUGGAUGGCGACGCUCAAAGGCCCAACAAGUGAUGAGAUACAAAUGGAUGUAUUCAUAAAAUAUCUUGUUUGA